GUCGCGCUUCGAGGGCUCGCCGGAGGAGAUAACUAUGUGGAAGACGAAGCAAAGGUUUAACUUCUCCGGCUUCCGCCACGUGUACCUGUUUUCGGGGAGCCGGUGGUUCUCGAGGAUCGCGCCGCCGCCGCCGGCGGUUAUACGCGUCAAGAACAACGUUGCCCACCUCGGACCCCCGAAGGAAGGUCCGUUGCCACGUCAGCUGAUGUCAUUGCCGCCUUUCCCCGGUCUCCCUCUUCCCGGAAGAAACGCCGGAGACGACGGCGGAGGAAGAGAGCGCUACGUGACUGCCAUCAGCUGGCUGAAGUACUAUUUGGAUGAGAUUCAUGAUAAGGCUAUUCAAUCUCAUUUCAACAAGGGCCUUGUUCGGAUGGAGUCCAGUCGAGGUCUUAGAGAUUCUUGGAGACAGGAAGAAGAAGAUCAAUCAAGACCCAUGAGAAUGAUUAAGCUUAACGAGGUGAUGCGCAUAGGAGACAGAAUCUGGUUACCUGUCUCGGUGGCUGAAACCAGAAUUAACAAAAGAUAUGACACCAUACCAAGCGGAACAUUGUAUCCAAAUGCAGACGAGAUUAAAUAUCUUCAAAGGCUUGUCAGGUACAAGGAUUCUGCUAUUAUUGUUCUUAAUAAGCCGCCUAAGCUACCCGUCAAGGGACACGUUGCGGUACAUAACAGCAUGGAUGCCCUAGCAGCUGCGGCUCUGUCGUAUGGUAAUGACGAAGGUCCUAAAUUGGUUCAUCGUCUGGAUCGGGAAAGCAGUGGCUUGAUUGUGAUGGGUCGAACCCAACAAAGUAUAGAUACGCUUCAUUGGCUAUUCAGCGAUCUGAAGGGCUCAAAGUCAUCCUACAAGGAAUGGAAUGAUGCAUGUGAAGCGAUGUACCAGAAGUACUGGGCAUUGGUUAUCGGUUCCCCGAAGGAGAAGGAAGGCAUUAUCUCUGCUCCUUUGUCGAAGGUGGUUCUCGAUGAUGGAAAGACCGAGAGAAUCGUAUUGGCUCAGUGUUCAGGCCUGGAAGCUUCACACGAAGCAUUGACAGAGUAUAGAGUUCUUGGACCUAUGAUCAAUGGCUGCUCAUGGAUCGAGCUUCGUCCUAUAACUAGCAGAAAACAUCAGCUGCGGGUACAUUGCGCAGAAGCUCUCGGUACUCCAAUCGUAGGGGAUUACAAAUACGGUUGGUUCGUGCACAAAAGAUGGAAACAGAUGCCUCGAGUCGACAUCGAACCAACCAGCGGAAAACCAUACAAAAUGCGGAGACCUUCGGGUCUCGAUGUCCAGAAAGGAAGCGUGUUGUCCAAAGUCCCGUUGUUACAUCUCCAUUGUCGGGAAAUGGUGAUCCCGAACAUCGACAAGUUUCUACACGUUUGGAACCGACAAGGAUCUGAGACGUUGCCCUCGGGUAUCAACUCUAAACCUGACCUCCUUCGUUUCGUUGCGUCUAUGCCUAACCAUAUGAAGAUUAGUUGGAACUUAAUGUCCUCCUAUUUGGUGUAAGAGAUGAAUGAAUGCAUUGCUUCCCUUUUAUU